AUGAAAACCCUGCAGAAGCAGUGGCUAGCAGCCUUGGGCGCUUACCAAUACAUGCUCACUUUCCUCUUCACAGGCCCUUUCUUAUCCCUUCUUGUCUUAUCCCUCCUCUUCAUGCCUCUUUGGUCAUUUGUUCUCUACCUGACGUGGCCCUUCCUGGAUUGGGAUAUACCCAACCGAGGUGGAAGGCGGUGUGAGUGGAUUAGGAACUGGACCAUUUAGAAACACCUAACGGAUUAUCAUCCUAUCAAACUGGUGAAAACAGUAGAGCUGCCCCCAGACGGGAACUAUGUGUUUGACUUUCACACACAUGGAAACAUGUGCAUUGGAACCUUCUGUAAUUUUUCCACCGAGAGCAAUGGCUUCUCUCAGCAGUUCCUUGGGCUUCUUCACCUACUCCAGUCGGCCAAACUCUACCACAUCCCAAUCUAUCGAGACUACAUCAUGUCCUGUGGCGAGUGUUCCAUUAACCACCAGAGCUUGGACUUUAUUCUGUCACAGCCCCAGCUUGGGCAGGUUGUGGUCAUUGUGGUUGGGGGUGCCCAUGAGUCCCUGUAUGCCAUCACAGGGGAACAUCAUCUCAUUCUCCAGAAUCACAAAGGCUUUGUAUACCUGGCGCUGAGGUAUGGGGCCUCCAUUGUGCCUGUGUACUCCUUUGGGGAGAAUGAUGUCUUCAGACUUAAGGUUUUUGCCAAAGGCUCCUGGCAGCAUCUGUACCAAACCACCUGCCAGAAACUCAAAGGCUUUGCUCCUUGCCUCUUCUGGGACCAUGGUCUAUUCUUGGCCAACUCCUGGGGCCUGCUGCCCUUCCCUGUUCCCAUCACCACUGUGGUGGGCUGCCCCAACCUGGUGCCUCAGUGCCUCCACAUUGGUAGUGUAGACCACUACCACAUGCUCUAUGUGAAGGUUCUGGAGCAGCUGUUUGAGGAGCACAUGGAAAGCUGUUGUGUCCCUGUUUCUACUCACCUCACCUUCAUGUAG